UUUUGCAAAUAAACUUGCCAGGGCGGGAGUAUGAUUCAACCUUAUGGGACGUGAAUGAAAGGGUGGCGUUGAUUUUGCAGGGCAUUUCAUCUGAUGCCCGUGCUUUGUUAAACACAACGAACUGUGCGAUGAAGAUGUAAAAGAAAUAUUCUCUCUUUUCAACAUUAUUAUUAUUAUAUUCCCACAGAAGAAUUUGUUCUGCAUUACCGGCCAUUUGCUGCACUGUUCAUUUAUUUAUUUGUUUAUUUAUUAAAACGACGAGUAUGAGAUUGGCUCUACAAUGACAAAAAAUGCCCUUGAGGCUGGCCGAAUGACGAUGAGCAGCAGCCAGAAACAAGUUGAGGUUUCCUUUGAAGAUUCAAAUCCGCAGAAAUGGCGAGUUCCACUCAAGGAAGACAGUUUUCGCAGCUUCAUGGAGAAGGAAAAAAACAACGCAACCGCGCAGAAGGUUUUUGCCCGAGGUUCUCUUUUCAGCCCUUUUUUGUUUGGGAAAUUCUUCGACCCUUCUGAUGCUUUCCCACUGUGGGAGUUCGAGGCUGAUCUUCUGUUGGCAACACUUCGCUCUUCAAAUCAUCACUGCAACGUUGAUUGGCUCCAAUCCGAUGCCGAUUUUACACUAAAAGCUGAACUACCAGGAGUAGGGAGCAGUGGCGUUCAGAUCUGUAUUGAAAACCGAAAAGUCUUGGAAAUCAGGGGAGUGUGGAGGGAGCAGCAAAGAGAAGGUGGAGGGAGCGACUGGAAAAGCAGCAGCCAUUGGUGGGAACAUGGAUUCGUACGGAGGAUUGAACUCCCUGAAAAUGCAGAUUGGAGGAAAACAGAGGCUAACAUGAAUAACGACCCUAUGUUCUUACAGAUAAGCAUUCCAAAGGCUGCUGCUCCGAACCCUUAAAUGUCUCCAGCAAGCAACAAUGAAGCAAAAGACUCCGAAAAUGCUUUACUGAUUCCAGAUAAAGGAGUACUAUCACAGAAGUAUGUAUAUAUUCCUGUUUGGCAACCCCAACUAAACGGUUUGACUAUAAAUAAAAUAAUGUAAUCAAUACUAGCUACUUACUCUAGUUCCCUAACAAUCAAUUAUAGUAACUCUUAUGUUUUCAAUCAAGAGAACAAAGACUUAUAUCCAUGUUGACAACACAAAAGGAAGCAUUAACUGCUCCCCACUCCUGCCCCCAUCUUAUAUAUAAGUUAUGCUUGUUUAUUUUUAAGUCUAGUGUAAAGCGUAUUUGUCAGUAAUGGUAUGAUGAGAACUUUUUAAGUUCCAAACCCAAAGAUGAAAACUUAACUGUAAGCAUUACAUUUGACGGUGGAAAUUCACCAUGAGAGAUCGUGGAACGGUCCAGACAAAUUGGAGACAAGCCAUAUGGAAUGUUGAAUGGCCAAGGAUCCGGACCAGGUGAAUUAGGCUGAGCUGUAUCGUCCAAUUGUUGAUGUAUAGGUGGCAUUGCAGAUGGGAUGACAUGUAUGAUGUAAAAACCAAAAGGGUGGACAUAUGGACUUUUUGAGAGAUGCUUCAUAGUUCAUACUUGGAACGAGAAAUGGAAGCAGGCUAUAUGAUUGAUGUAGAUGGUCUGUUCUCGAGUUGUAAGUCGCUGAGCCUGUGUUAUUUAGUCUUGUCUAGCUCGAUGUAAGAGUAAAAUGUCAAGUGCAGAAGCUAGAGUCCGAUCGGAAGUUGGAACCCCUCUCCAAGUGCUCAGACGUGCUAUAUUUAUUAUUUAAUGUUGCAAAAUACCUUAGCAAAUGUCAAUACUUUCAACGGAAGGCAGUGACGUCAAAACUAUGAUCAUCUCUCUUGCUUGUUCUAUGUUUAAAACUGUCUAAAUAGAAGUUAUGAUCCACUUUCAA